AUGUCUGGCCUCGGCAGCUCCCGCUGGUCUUCCAAACCGGUAUCGAAAACUCCGGACGAGCCCAAACACGUCGCCGUCCCGUCCUUUGGGUUUACGAUGCCUUCUUUCACCAAGAAGUCGGCUACCGUCGCAUCGUCUCCUGUCGUCUCAUCUUCGACAGAGGCCAAAGUGGUCGAGAUGAAGAAGUCCGCGGUCAAGGUCGAUGAAGCUCCUGCUCAAGAGCUCAUCAGAGUUGAGACUGGUAAACCGCAGUCCAAGGUCACCGCCGCUAUCCAGGCGACUCGAGACAAGAUGGCCAAGUUCGUGGGUCUACGUCGUCAAGAUCGCCCUUCCACGGCAAAUGCGACGAUUGGACGUGGUCCAAGCGCGUCGUACGGAGGAUUCAUCAGGAGGGAUAGAUAG